AUGAUUGAAAAGCUCGUCCCAAAAGUCACCAUCAAGCUAGAGGCCCCAUUGUGGACCGAGGAAGACCGCAAAAAGGCAGCAGAAAAAAGAAUCGAAUCUCUCAAACCAUACCUCAUAAAACUUCCGGCACAUUGGAUCCCUUACGCUGAAUUACUGAGAUUCAACACCCCAGCAUCAUGGUUCAUCUUCUUUCCUUGUGCUUGGGGCACCUUGGCCGCCGGUUACCAUACUAAAGCCCCUAUUCCUUUGGUGGCCGGUGUUUUGGCAAUCUUCCUUAUCACCGCGUACAUUUUCCACGGGGCAGGAUGUACCAUUAACGAUAUCUUCGAUAAAGAAUUCGACAAACAAAUCCCAAGAAGUAUGGAACGCCCCGUGGCCAGUGGGAGAAUCUCCAUCGCCAACGCCGAAAAAUACCUCAUUGCCCAACUCGUGGUGUAUCUUGCAAUCCUUAGCUUGUUGAAUUGGUAUACCGUGUGGGUUGCCGCAAUCUCCAUCCCGUUUGUCAUCCUUUAUCCUCUUUUCAAAAGAAUCACUUAUUAUCCACAAAUGUGGUUGGCCAUCUGUUGCAGUUGGGGUGCGCUCCUCGGGUUCGUGGCCUUAGAUAAUUGGAAUUACCUGGCCAUGGCCGCGCUUUUCUUGUCUUCUUGCAAUUGGACCGUGAUUUACGAUACCAUUUACGCCCACCAGGAUAAAACUUACGAUGCCAAGAUCGGGGUCAAAUCCACCGCGUUGAAAUGGGGUAAAAACACAAAGAGAAAUUGUUAUUUCUUUGCCGUUGCCCAAAUCGCCUGCUGGGUAUACUUGGGGAUCACCCAAUCCAUGGGUCCAGGGUUCUGGGUCAGUAGUAUGACAUUUGGGUACCAAUUGUUGAACUUGCUCAAUAAACUUGAUUUGGAUAAUAUUGAAAGUUGCGGUAAUGCUUUUGAAACCAACGUGUGGUGUGGUAAACUUUUCUCAUUGGGGAUCUUGGUCGAUUAUAUCCUCAGAAUUAUGGAUAUCAUUUGA